CUGAGGCCGGCACGCGUCGAGGACUAUGACGACCUGGCAGCCAUAUUUGAGUCGGAGUCCGAGGUGCUGGCCGAGCGGUACGGCGAGUUCUUUAUCGCGCAGCUGAUUGAGUCGCAGGACGAGAGCCACAAAGCGCUGGUGGCUGAGGUCGACGAGCGAGCGAUUGGCCUGAUGGCGCUCAACGCGGAGGUUGACAUCGGAGAGCUGCAGGCGGCCUUCGACCUCGACGCCUUCGACGGCCUCGUCACUGCCGACCCGGACCUACUGGCGGCCGCGGACGCCGCGCUGGCUCGCGCAGAUACGGCUGCAGCGUCGGCAGCCGCCGCACUUGCGGCGGCGGCGGCGGCAGCGGAGGCGGCGGCAGCGGCGGCGGCGGCGGCGGCGGCGGCAGCGGCGGCAGCGGAUGGCGCGUCAGAGGAGGCGGGGGCAGCAGAGGCGGACGGGGAGGCGACUGUCGACCCGGCCGCCGCAGAGUGCGCCGCAGAGGCCGCCGUCCGACAGGCAGCGGCCGACAAGGCAGCCAAGGCCUCAAUGGCGGCGGCAGCGGAGGCGGAGGCGGCGCAGGCAAAGGUGACGUACACUUGCGACGCUGUGGCGGUGUCCUUCUUUUGCAUCGACGAGACGUUCGAGUCGCGCUCUCGCGACUUUCUCCACGCUGUGUUUGCUGCCUUCCCAGAGAAGACCAGCGUCCUGCUGACCGUCCCGCACGCGGCCGCGGAGAUCCCUCUGCUCUCCACUUUCACGCAAAUCGAGGCAAGGCCGGGCUCCUCCUUUGAUCAUGUCCUGUACCUCUUUCACCGGGGGGCCCUGCUCGAGCCGGUUGCAGUGCGGCGCGGCGCCGCUUCCGACGCUGCCGCGCUCGGCACCCUCACCGAGGGAUUGGCCGGAGCCGAUGACAUUGUGGCCGCCGCCACGGCAGCCGCAGCCUCGGGUGCACCGGGGCGGUCCACCCUGGUUGUGGAGAGCUGCGGGCAGGUGGUCGGUGCCGCGCUGCUCGAGGGGUCGUUGGAUGUCGACGCCAUGCGAUCGCUCUACAAGCUCGAGGACCUGAUCCUCUUUGCCGAGCACAGGGCGAGGCAAGGCAUCGAGCUGCUCGCCUUCGUGAUCAAUCCGAUCUUCGCAGCGGCGUCGCGCUUCGUGCUGCGCGAGGCGAUGAGGCUCCAAGGCGCCUCGUGCCUCUACUACCGCACCCGGAGGGGCGUGCCCGUUCCUGACGCUCUCGCUCAGUUUGUGCAAGUCGGACCUCGCUCGCAGCAGGUUGUCCAUGAGACGGAUGCCUCCGAUGCGGCGGAGACCCCAGGGGCGCUCUACCUGCUGACGCGCAAGCUCAUGUCGGAGCCCAAGAUGGUGGUGAACAAGCGGGUGGUCGUCGUGGGCUCGUCGGAUGCGGCCCUCUCCGUGCUCGAGUCGCUCGCGACAGUGCCGUACCUCCACUUCAGCUCGCUCUUUCUUGUCGCUCCAAAGGCCGAGCAGCGGCUGCAGUCGCCUCGCGGAGCCCGCCUCUCGCCCGGAGCCAGCCUCGCGACCUGCGCCGACGCCUUCUUCUCGCGAACGUGCGCGUACACUGCCAGGGAGCUCGCCGCCCUGAAUUUGGGCGCGCGCGUUCGUGCCGUGGAGGGUCGCGUGGUGGACAUCGACCGAGAAAGUUGCACGCUCGGCCUUGCUGAUGGGACGACGCUCAAGUAUGACGUCGUCGUGAUGGCUCCCGAGCUCGGCGACCAGUCGCUGCACGAGUUGUGCCCCGAGGCGAUGCGCUUGCGUGGUGUCUUCUCGCUCUCAGACGAGGGCGCAGCGGCCGCAGCGCUAGAGUACAUCGAGGAGCGGCGCCUGACGGGACGGGACGCGGCGCCCUAUGCCAUCUAUGGUGGGUCGCUCGACGCCUUUGCCGCCGUCAACGCCUUGCUGACGCUCAACGUGGCGCCGAGCGACCUCACUCUGGUCGUGCCUCCUGCCGGCGCAUCCCAGGAGCAGUCGGGAGCGCCUUUUGGCGCCCCCGAGGUGGCGAGGAGGGUGGAGGAGGCGCUCGAACGACUCGGUGUCACGACCCUACGAGGCUGGACUCUCGUCGGCGCCGGCGGCGACGCGGGUGAGGGAGCCGACCACCUGUCGUCCUUGCAGCUCGCGUCCUCCUCCCCCACCUCCGAGCCCGAGGAGAGGACAGUGCCUUGCGGCACGCUCCUCUGCUGCGGCGAGCGGCGGGUGGACCAGCCGCUGUUCCAAGCAUUCAGCGACAGCUCCAUCGUGUACAAUGGCGGCCUGAUAGUCGACGCCCAGUUCCGCACCAACGACGCCGCCAUCUUUGCCGCCGGCCCGCUCGCGAGGGUGGCGCGACGAUACCGUCUCAAGGGGGAGCAGGCCGUCAGCCGCUCGGACCGAGAGAAUGGCGCGCAGCUGGCGCACGCGCUCCUGCCGGUUCUCGACCCGUGGACGAGCCCCAGCACUCAGACGGACGAGCCGCCAAAACCCGAGGCGCCGGUGGCGGUGGCGGUCGACCUUCCCGGCGGGUUGCACUACUACUGCGCGUCUGCCGUGAAGGCCACGCCGGGCUCGAUGGGGGCACCGACCGAGAUCACCACCGGGGACGCGGCCUUCUGCUCCUGCCGCGUCGACUGCCUCGGCCAGGUCUCGUCGCUCGUCUAUCUGGGGCCCUCGCCCGCCGACGAGGGCAACUGGGCGCGGCUGAUUGGCCUGCCCGUGGAGAUGAUCAACCGCCUCGGCUCCAAGCAUCGCGAGGGCCGCGUGGACGAUGUGCCCACCUUUUUGAGGGAGACCAGCGUGCAGGCCCUCUACCACGACCGCUUCGGCGAGUUUCGCGCGGCGCUGGCGUACAGCCUGCGGACCGCCGCGGAGGCGGCAGAGCUGACAUCGGGGGCCGGAGAGGGCACCGCCACGCUCGAGCUGACGGAGAGGGCCGCUGACAUCGUGCGAGCGAGCCUCUCGGACUUCAUCGCGGCCAAUCAUGAGCACCUCGGUGGGCUCUACGCGGCAAACCCGACGUCGGCGCCCGUCAUAGCGUGA